CCCACUUCACUCAUCUCAUCAGUAACACCCCGCGUUUUCUCACUAUCCAUCAAUAUUCAAGCUGAUCCCAUCUGAUAUUGAUGUGAAGUCACCAUGACAGCGAGCUCAAAAGCACAGGAUUCGGCGGUUGGGUCACCAGCCCCCAAGCAGAAGAGCAAAGCGACAGUAGAUACUCUUAGAGCAGGAUGUAUUGCUAUGGUAGAGAAGGAUGGGCAGGCGCGUAGGGCCGAAAUUCUUAGUAUUAAAGAAACAAAGAGUGGUCGACACUUCUACUGCAACUUCGACAACUUCAACAAGCGCCUUGACGAGUGGGUGCCAACUUCACGAAUAGAUUUCGAUCAGGACGUGGAGUGGCCGAGCCCAGAGAAGACUAAAGAGGGCAAGAAAGCAGUAGCAGCAUCGAAAUCACAGCCAUCCAAGGCAACCAAAGCCCCCCCAAAGAAGGGGCAAAAGCGUACAGCAGCCACUAGGGAGGCGUCCGAAGCCGUAUCGGAAGGUGGUUCUCAAAAAUGGGUGGAAUUUGCAGAAGGACGCAAAGAUGGGAAGGGUACUCCGGAUGCUUUUGGCGACGAAAAAAUGGUCAUGGCUCUAGAUCUCGAUCAGACAGCCGAUUCGGAAGCAGACGAAAUGGAUGUCGAUGAGCUCCAACACGACACAGCUGUAGCAAAGACAGAGGGCAGGGAAGACUUUAGCCGAGAAGAAGAACUGUCUAGGCUACGCACCGGUGGUUCAAUGACGCAAAACCAGGCUGAAAUUUCUCGAAUUCGAAACAUCUCAAAAGUUCAAUUCGGCAAAUUCGACCUCCAUCCGUGGUAUUUCUCUCCGUACCCAGAGGACUUCGCUCACGAGGACUUGAUGUAUAUUUGCGAAUUCUGUCUGGGCUAUUUCGGAGAUAUAAAAUCAUUCUCCCGGCAUAGGUCCAAGUGUACACUACUACAUCCUCCUGGGAACGAAAUCUACCGCGACGACUACAUCUCGUUCUUUGAAAUCGACGGUAAACGGCAGCGAACAUGGUGCCGAAAUCUCUGUCUUCUGUCGAAGAUGUUUCUCGAUCAUAAAACGUUGUAUUACGACGUGGACCCUUUUCUUUUCUAUGUUAUGACUACACGUGAUGAGAAGGGUUGUCAUCUUGUUGGCUACUUCUCGAAAGAGAAAGAGAGUGCGGACGGCUACAACGUAGCUUGUAUCCUUACUCUUCCCCAGUACCAGCGCAAGGGGUACGGAAGAGUUCUUAUUCAGUUCUCAUACGAACUCUCGAAGAUUGAAGGAAAGCUUGGCUCCCCCGAGAAGCCACUUUCCGACUUGGGACUUCUCAGUUACCGACAAUACUGGACGGAAAAUAUCAUGGAAAUAUUGGUGGAGAGCAACGAAAGAGACGACAAAUGCAGCAUAGAGUCUGUGGCAGCACAGCUGGCAAUGACUCUGGGCGACGUUGAAUCGAUGCUACGGGCGUUGGAGAUCUUAGCAUACCACAAAGGGGAGCACAAAUUGAUUGUACCAUCGGGACUGAUCGAACGAUAUAGGGCAGCGAAAGAGAAAGAGAAAUCCAAGCCGAAGAGGAUAAUUGAUCCAGCUCGGAUACAGUGGAAACCUCCGGUCUUUAGUGCAGCUUCCAGGACUUGGGGAUGGUGAGACGAAUGGGUAAUUGGCUCUGGUUUGGUUCUCUGGGGGGUAAAUAUUCUUGUUUCGGAAAGGGUGGUGUUUGGGAGGUGAAUUAAGGAGCAUAGUGGCGUAUAGAAAUACCCUAUUUGAAAUAAGCAUUAAGAUCGGUACAAAC